GCACCACAUAAGUGAUGUCACCUGAUAAUGAAGGGGGGAGGGUGUGCUAAUGUUUACAACCACUGGGCUGUCAAUCAUUUUAUCGUAAAAACUGUGAUUUUGUCGAAAUUUCAGCAGGAUAUGAAAAGACAAGUCAAUAAUGGUGCAAACUUAAUGACACCUUCUCGCAUUCAGGUUUGUGUUAAGUGUGAGUCCCCUGGUUGCUCCAGACUCACUGCGUUACACAGUGAAUCUGAGCCGGCAUCUGGAAGGAACAUUUCAGAGUGUACAUUUUGCUGGUAAACAGUGCAUCUCUUACCAGUGUACUGAUGGAGUGGGUGUUCAUCAUGAACCGGAUGAGCUCUCAGGGUAGCUCUGCAGCCCAGCGGAGGCGGAUGGCCCUGGGCGUGGUGAUACUCCUGCUGGUGGAUGUCAUCUGGGUAGCCUCCUCUGAGCUAACCUCAUACAUUUUCAAGCGGCAGGAGUACAACAAACCCUUCUUCAGCACAUUCACCAAGACCUCCAUGUUUGUACUCUAUUUGCUGGGUUUCCUGCUGUGGCGGCCCUGGAGGCAGCAGUGCACUGGCACUCUAAAACGCCGGCACUCUGCAUUUUUUGCUGAUGCCGAGGCCUACUUUGCACCCUGCACCACUGACACCACUGUGAACAACUGCUUGAGUGAACCACUGUAUGUUCCUGUGAAGUUCCAGGACGUACCAGCUGAGCAUUCAAAUUGUUUAAUUGGCGACUGUGAAUCUUCAGCUUCCAAAAAGCAGCGGGUGCGUUUUAGUAAUAUCAUGGAGGUGCGUCAGCUGCCCUCUACUCAAGCCCUGGAGGCCAAACUGUCCCGCAUGUCCUACCCAGCUGCCAAGGACCACGAGGCCAUGUUGCGCACAGUGGGCAAGCUAACCAUCACUGAUGUGGCCAAAAUCAGCUUCUUCUUCUGCUUUGUGUGGUUCCUGGCUAACCUGUCCUAUCAGGAAGCGCUGUCCGACACGCAGGUUGCCAUUGUUAAUAUUCUGUCGUCCAGCUCAGGCCUGUUUACACUUAUCUUAGCAGCCAUAUUUCCAAGCAGUAGCAGCGACCGUUUCACCUUGUCCAAGCUGUUAGCUGUGGCUCUGAGCAUGGGAGGUAUUGCCCUCGUGAGUUUCUCCAGCAUGGACAACCCUGAUGAGAAAGGCGUCAUAGGUUCUUUGUGGUCACUGGUUGGGGCGAUGCUGUACGCUGUCUACAUUGUAAUGAUCAAGAGACGAGUGGAUCGGGAGGAUAAGCUUGACAUUCCCAUGUUCUUUGGGUUUGUGGGUCUGUUCAACCUGCUGCUGCUGUGGCCUGGCUUCCUCCUGCUCCACUACACGGGCUUCGAGGCCUUUGAGCUUCCCAGCCAGCUGGUGUGGACGUACAUCCUCAUUAACGGCCUCAUUGGAACCGUUCUCUCAGAGUUCCUCUGGCUCUGGGGCUGUUUCCUCACAUCGUCUUUAAUCGGGACUCUGGCAUUGAGUCUCACCAUCCCGCUCUCUAUUAUGGCAGAUAUUUGCAUGCAGAAGGUACGUUUCUCGUGGCUGUUUUUUGCCGGGGCGGUCCCUGUCUUCCUCUCCUUCUUCAUCGCCACACUCUUAUGCCACUACAACAACUGGGACCCUGUCCUGGUGGGGCUGAGGAGAGUGUACGUCUUCAUUUGCAGGAAACACCGAAUUCAGAGACUGCCAGAAGACAGUGAGCAGUGUGAAAGCCUUAUUCCGUUACACACCAUCUCCCCCAACGAAGAAAGCUUCUGUUCGUGAUCCCAGCAGUCAAACACAAAGUGGCCAAUGUGGAUCGCGCUGAGCUGACAAUCUGGAAGCUUUCAGAGACACUGAACUACCCCAGUGCCUCCUAUUGAAUCUAUUUAUUUUCUUCAGUGUUGAGACCACCAGUCCAUUUCUACAAAGUCACUUUUAUUUUCAUGUCAGUCAACACAGACUGAGAUUCUGUUUUUACUUUGUUAAAAUGUUUUCUGUGUAAAAAGAAACUUCAUGGUGCUCAAGGUGCUGGACAUUAUCAGUGAUUACUAUAUUGUCAUGUGACCAAAUGAAACAGUACAUGUUGAACUUGGUCAUAACACUAACAGGAGUAACUGUGUGCGUUUCUUUGAAAAUCUGAAGUCACUGAGUUCAGAGUUCAAAGAACUUUUUUUUAGGAAAGACAUUGUUCUAUCCUGGACUAAUCAGAAUUUUCUUCUGUCAAGGAAACAGACUUUGUAAGUCAGACAUGAGUAAAAAUGUAAUCUCACUACAGCUGAUCAAGAGAGGAUCCCAUCCUUCACAGCUUUCUUGUUUCCUGCUGUACCUGUGACAGUACUGGAUCAUGAAGACAAACUGUGAUAGAGACAUAAUCUUUGUGUUUGAAUAUGAGAUGAUAGUAAGCCUUCAGCUAUAAGCUACAAAAUGCCUUGCUGCAAUAAUGGUCAUCUGCUUGGAUGAGCAGUUUCCUUUUCAAAAUGGGUGUAAAUACUGUACACAGUGAAACAUUAUUGAUGUUUUGUAUGUGAAAUUCAGAUGACCACUACAGAUUCCUGUUAAGAGAUUGUGUAUCAUUUUAUAUUUUAUGUAUCAUUGUAAAUGCCAGAGGAAGAGUUUGCGCGACAGCCAAAUUGUCUUUUACUUGCAACUGAUAUUAUAUCACAUUGAUUGGACUGUUGUAUAUAAUCCUUUUUUUCUUAAGCAAAAAGUGAUUUAUUUACUGUUUGUGAUUUCAUGUGAUGAGAGAAAAAAGCAUUUCUUUUAGCAGCCUUACUGUCUAUCCAGGAUGUAAACACUACAGUUGAUGGUGAAACGUCACUGUUAUUCCACUCAUCCUGUUAAAUGUGCGUACAGCUUUAUGGAGUGUUGUUACUGCACUCACCAUUGACUGGACGUAUGAAGUGGAGGAAGUAAUAACUGUCCUGUGAGGGUAAAUGAACAGGUUGAGCACUUGAAGUGACACAUAUAAACGUGUCUUGUUCAUGUUCAUUAUUGCACGUGCUGUGUUUUUGCCAAUCAGACCCUCCUUCCACAAUUACAAGUAUGAAAGCUUUCUUAGGAUGAUUAGUUUACAAGUGGUACUGUUCCUGUCUGAUUAGACUUCAAAAUAUAUUUUUUUCAUCUUUUGUCAAUGGUGCUCAUGGAAUCAUGAUUUGUUUUUCUUUCUUAGGUUCUUUGUCUUGUUCAUAUCUGAACUAUUUCUUUGUCUUUUAAGUGUCAUUAAUGAAGAAAAAUGGUUAUAAUAGUAACAUCCCCUUUUUAUCGAUCUCAGCUCUUGAAUUAUCAUUUUAUUUUGCAAGUCUGUUUUCAUACUCACACUGCACUAUUAAAACAUCUUUUUAAA